AUGUACUCUACGUAUUUGAUUUCAAAAUGGCAGGAUGUGAUAAAGGUACUUGAUGAUUUUGUUGUGUGUAAUAUGUAUGCCGCCGUUCCUCCGCUAGAGCAAUCGAUUCCUGAAAGCAGUACGAGCAAAGAAAAAGAAGGUUCUCCGCGUGGGAUAUCAGAAGAAACGUGGCAGGUAUAAAGUAUAUAUCUAUUAAUAGCUAUAGAUUUGUUUACAAUUGCAUUGCUUGGUCGGUGUCGUUGGUCUAUGGUAUCAUUGAAUUCUUUGAAUUUUUCUCGUCAAUUUUUGGCAUGUAUAUUGUUACGGAUAAUAAAGCAGGUCCACAUCAGCUUGCUCUUUGGAUUCUGUGCUGCGAUGCUCUACCACAUAGCUACAGAGACUCCAUGGUAAGCAAGGCUCAUUAUGAAGUUCAUUUAUGUGACACGCAUCCUGUAUACUGCCAGGAUCAGCAAUAUUGAUAGUGUAAUGUUUCUUUACCAAGCUUAAAACUUACCAUCUUUCUUAUUCCACAUGUAUUUACAAAACUCGACACUACAACAUUGCUGGUCCAAGCAGUAUGCAGUAUGUUUGUCAUAUAUAUGAACUUCGUAAUGGUCCUUACCAUGGAGUCUCUGUGCCUCAUUGGUAGAGCAUCGGAGAGUGGAAUCCAAAGGUCUGAAGUUCAGUUCCUCUUGGGGACUCAGAAUUUUUUCUUUGUCCCGUGCUUGUAACAAGAUGAUAGACAUCUUUCUCUGUCUAGAACUUAUUUGACAUUGUUUUCUUAGGAAUAGUUAUUUGAUAUUAAUGGGAUCUUACAACACUCUGUAUGUAAGCUGAUGGCCUUCUAAUUUCUAAUCCACAUUUCAAGCAAAAAGGCAUUUUUAAACCCAUCACUUUCUGAUUAUUUUUCUAUUUUUGAUGAUACUCUGUUGAACAUUAUAUUUUUUCUUAAAACUUCAGAAAUUUCAGCAGUUGAGGGAGCGUAGACUGCAAUGUUGUAAAGUUUCAACAGAUAAGAGGGUUAAAGAACUUAAGAAGAAAGCAACAAAGUCAGGUGAAUUUUAACAAAAGAAAAAUUAAAAUUUUUUCAGUAGAAACAGAGAUACUUGCAUUGGGAGCUUCAACAGAUAGAAUAUUUAUAAUCACUUGAAAAGAAAUAAUUAUUUGUUUGAAAUGACACAUUUAUCAACAGAUUGUAUUGCCCUUAACUCUUUAUCCUCUUGAUUCCAACAUCAAUGAAGGUAUUUGGGGAAUUAUCCCAUACUAAAGAAGCUCUUGAUUAUUAAAAAAGUUAUUUUUGUCAGCACAUCAAGAAAUGUAAAGAAAAUAGGAUAAUAUGUGUACAAAUAUUAGGGUAUAGAGGAUUAAAAGUGUAUUCUUAUUCAAGAAAGAGAUCAUCAAUUUGAACCUGCAAUCAGAAUACUUCACAUCUUCCUUGUUUUUCUAAUUUUCCCCUAGAACAGCAUCAACUCCUAUUUUACAAAUUUUUCCAUUAGUAUAAAAUGUCAAUUGCUGAUGCGAUAUUUAUUCUUAUCAAUAGUGAUUUUGUAAAACUUUUGACAAUAAAUUUGAAGGGUAAAAAACAAUGUUUCAACCAAACUUUGGUCAUUUUCAAGUGAAUAAUAAGAAUUUCACAUAAAUAUAUAAUUUAUUAUAUGCGUGUAAGAAGUGUAAAAUUUUUUGGAGGUUUAAAUGGACAAUAAGAACAUACAAGGAGAUGAAAUAAUAAGAAGCUAAUUACAAACCAAUUUAAAAAUAAAAAUAAAAAUUAAAACCUAAUUAAAAACCUUUGCACAAAUUGAGUCUGAUGGCACAUUGAGAGCAGGUCUCAGUUCUUGAAUAAAAAACACUUUAUAAAGUAGGCAGUGAAAUUUGUUUUUAUACUUCUUUAAACAGUAAAAUUCUUCGUAAGAUCCCUUGGGGUCAAAGAAUGCUUGUCACAAAAAUCAAUCGGUGAAGUGGGGUUUCUGUGUUUCUGUGUUCUUGAACACAUUGGUGCAGAUGGCAGUGCAUAAAACCAACAUAAACUGCAUUGCACAGGUCACAUUUAAAUUUGUAAACAAGGCACUGUUGGUUCACAACCUGUGGCUUCGCUUCUUGUAACUUGAGAUCUUGUACGAUCUUCUGGCUUACAAAUACAGGCUGUAUUGGUUGUGUGGAUCUUCUAACUUAAAUCUCUAAGCUGGAUGCGUACAAUAUCAGUUGAGACCUGAUCUUUAAAUGGUGGGACAACGCAAAUGGGGUCUGUUCAAUUGCUGAUAGUUGGUGAGGAAACAGGUUGAUUAGAUGCUUUGGUGGCAAUAAAACAUGAGAAAAAAAGAGUUGACAAGUUUGUCAGGAUAUUUUAUUCCAGAAAACAAUAAUUUCAGUGAAUCACAUUCUUCAGAGAAGUAACACCAAUUCAAUGAAAGUUGAAAUACAAGUCAUGAUCAAGCGUAGUUUUUAGUAACCUGUUUUUGUAUUGUUCUACUACAUGGCUCUUGUAGUGCAGCAGGAGGCCAGUGUUUGUGUUUAAUGUACACCUUAGUCUCAGCACAUGAGUGUUUGUUGAGCAGCUGGGUACUCAAAAAAGGAAGUAUGCUUUUACUCUCUGUCUCCAUGGUAAACUUAAUAGAAGAAUGGCACAGGUAUAAAAUCUCAAGGAAAUUGACAGCUGAUGUUAUGUCUGGCAUGAUAGUCAUCCACAUAUCUCCUGUAGUAUGUGGGCAUCUUGCCUUCACGCUUCAAAGUAUCCUCAUUAUAUUUAUUCAAAUAAUAUUCUGUAUGAGAAAGGUUAUGUUCAUGUGUAAAAGACACAAUUUACAUAACAGUCGAAGUAAAUUUCUAGAAUGAUUUUAUUGCACUUUACAUCCAUUUUUAAUCCAAUUCCGUAAGAAGAAAUAAACAACAAAUAAAUGUUUUUUUAAGAUUAACUCUUUAACUCCCAUGAGUGACCAAGACAGAAUUUCUCUUUACGAUAUCAAUACACUAUCAAGCAGACAAUUGAUGAGAAUAAAGAAAAAUAUCAGUCAAAGUAUCAUUGGUUGAUCCAAUACCAAGUUCUCAAAACUAACAUCACAAGAACUGUAUGGCAGACAAUAAGGAGAAUUAAUAAUGAAAUCUUGAAAGUUAAAGGGUUAAGACAGUAUUAUCUUGCUAUUAACCCUUUACACCCUAACAUCAGUAUGCAUAUUCUCCAGACCAUUCUCUAUAGAUUUCCCAAGGUGCUGACAUGGAGAAUUGGGUUGACAAUUAAGAUCUGCUUUAGUUAAUUAUCAUUUCCAUCAUUCUCAUAACUAUUAUUGGAAGAUAUUGUGUGGAGAAAGUAGAUGCUAGUCACUCUAAAGGGUCAAAUGGUUAAGUGGUACAUAGAGGUGAGAGGAAUAACUUGGCCAUUAUGUCAUUGUUGCACAGGAAAUACUACUUGUAAACCAAUUUUUGUGGGGAUAAAAAUAAUUAAAGAGCCUGAUUUGCCUGUCUCAUUCUUAAUUUGUUCUAUUCAAAUAAGUUUUGGAUAACUUCACAAGUGAUGAAGAAGUUGCAGAGCUUCGCAACCAAGGGGUGAUCUUUAAACAGGCCAACAACAAAAGCAGACCAACUGAAUUCUCACACAAGCAAGAGAAGUAAGUUACAGAAAUAUUAUUAUUUAGAUAUUUCUGUUGUUGUUGUUAUUGUCAAUAAAAACUUACUAAAAUACUAUUUUCUGUGGUUUUGUCCUAACAUGAAUAGUAAAAUGAUAUCAACAAAUUGUAGAAGAACAGGUUUUUAGAAAGGGUUAAACCCCUUUGAAAUCUAGAGGUUGGAAAAUACUGUUUGUUUUAUUAGAUAUUUCUUAAAAAAAAUCCACUUGGAUGAUGCCUCCCCUGGCAUAUCCUUUAAAGUGUGGUACUGUUCCACGCUUCUACACCAGCCACCUUCCCUUGCAUGGGAAAGAAGCAUCUGCUGGGAAAUAUUUCAAAUACAUUAAGAAAAAAUUUGCUACGGCUUUUGUUAAGGGUUAAAACUUUUUAAAAUGUUUUCACUAAAAACAGGAAGGAGGAUUCAAACUCUUGUUCAAAAUAGUUUAGUGUACAGGUAAAUCUAUAAAACAGUGAUACACCAAUCAUACACUUAAUCUGGUGUUACCAGUAUUGCAUUCAAUUCAUUCAUUAAGCAUUUAAAUGUGAUUCAGCUUCAUAGUAAUCUGACAUAAAAAUUAUUUGAAUUUUGGCUGGAAAAAAGGACUAAACACAGAAUCCUACAAAUAUUUAUAAUUUUCAGGGGUGUAAUCAGGGAUGUAAUGUGCAUUCUCAUGUAGUAUGCACCAACAAAAAAGUUGUUGAAAUCCACGCACCUACAGAGCUUUUUCAUAAUGUAAUGUAAUGUAAGAGACAUAGUCUUUUCAAAGGUCAGCCUCUGUAAAGAUUAGGAUUUCUUAUGAAUUUGUCGAAAAUGUUCCUUUUGUUAAAUUCACAGAAUCAAAAAGCAAAAGGGUGAUGAGAAAAGAUGGAAUGAACUUCAACAAUAUUUAAAUUCAGCUGUACAUUCAGAAGAGCAUGAAAUGGAUCACACAAAACACACACCAAAGGUAAUUUUAAUUGGUGUUACUCAAAUUUUUAUGUACACCUAUUUUGGAAAUUUUAUAGCAUUACCAGCCCUAGCAGUUUAUUAGGAACAUAGGCAUGCAUAGCAUGUAAGAAUUAUCUUUUUAGCUAGGUCACUCUGUGUUCCUAAUGUUUUCAUAACUAUCAAAAGAAUGAAAAUAUCCCAUUACUUCACUUCAAGAGAAAGAGAAAAAACAUAAUAUAUCAAAACUCAUGCAGGUAUUUUGUGGUCUCUAUUUUGUCUCUAUUGUCCAAUUACUUCUGAGCAAAAAUAAAAUGCCUACUGUAGUCUCCUUUGCAGCCGUUGUUUGGUCUCAUUAUGCAAUGCCCUCUAUUCCCUGUUGGAUGAUGAGACCAAAUAACGGUUGCAAAAGAGACUAUGCUUACAGCCACUCCUCAAACAGAAAGAAAAUCAAAAUUAUUUGUCUGCAGUUAGUCACCUCAAAAAUAAAAUUCCACAUAAUUCUACUGGAAAAAGCAGACUGAAACUGUUGAAUCUCCAGAAGACCUUAACCAAAGAUAUAUUGUGAUCUUGUAUGAAUGAAGAUACACUGAGCAAGAGAAAAGGAUAAUAUUUCAAAGAGGGCUCCUUGAUCAGUUGUUGCCUAUCUGGACUUUGCCCUCCUUGUGUGAAAUAUGUGAUAAAAUGCAAGUUGUUUACGAGAAAUUAACUUGCAAUUGGGUUAAUUCCAAGGUAGCUUAAAGGCAAUUUUAUUCACAUUAGUGAAAAUGUGUGAGAAUGCAUGAAAAAUUCACUAUUAGUUGUCUAAAGUUUCAUGUGAAUUUUUUUCAGUGGUGUUGGAUAAUAUGGUUAGAAUACGAGAUAAAUGCAGGUUGCUAUCAAGGAAAUGACAUGUGAUGGAGCGAAGUCUAAUGUGGCAAAAUAGAAUUUGAUUGGUAGAAUACAAUUCAAGCACUUGAAAAAUUGCCUAAUGUUCAUGUAGUGCAAUGAUUGGGUAGUUUCUGAUUGGACUUUGGAUGUUGUUUUCACAGUGUGUGAUGAAAUGUAAGUUGUUCGGCAUGUGCAUUGUGAGAAAAGGAGUGGAAAAAACAUGUUUUAACUUUAAAAUUAUGCAAUGAAAAUAAACACAAACCUUACUUAUUCAGAUAAAUCUCGACCUCAUUCGAUGAGGCUCUUGCAAAGGCCACAAUCAUAACACUCAUCAAAUGAACCCAAAAUUUCUGGUUAAUGUCAUUUUUUGUGCACAGCCCCCUGAUUCCAUGGCAUCAUUAACAAGAAAGCAAUACCCAAAUGCUGUGAUUGGUGCAUGAUAUCCAAAUGCUGUAAUAUGAUUGGUACAAGAUAUAUACCCUAAUGUGGCAAUCUGAUUGGUACAAGAUACAUACCCCAGUGUAGCAAUUUGAUCCAUGCAAGAUAUAUAACCUAAUGCAGUGAUGUGAUUGGUGUGGGUAACAUACCACUCUACAUGCUAACAUAGUUAUUUUUUUAAUUAAAAAAAUAACUCAAUAAAUUGUAUCUAAAUCCAAUAAGUGAAGGAGAAUGCUUGAAAUAAACACAAGGCCAUAGAUUUUGAGUGCUUGCUAAAGAUGGGACCUCAACAUACAAUUAUUUGCUUUGAUUUUCUUUCAACCACUCUUAUUAAAUACUACAUUUAACUCUUAUUUUUGGCUUUUCAGGAUGAAAUUGAAAGAAAUUUGGAGGUUGCACUUAAAGAGAAGAAGUUUGAACUUUCAGAAAAACUGAACAAGCAACUUAUGGAACAUGACUUUACAUUAAAAGUUGCUCAAGCUGUUGAAUGUAGAGACUAUUCAAAGAGAAAAGCUACUGAGGAUGAAAAAGCUAAAAAGAGAAAACGAUCAAAACCUCAUUGGGCAUUUGAACAAAAGGCAAGAUGGGAAAGCAAAGGAAACAUGUAGAAAUGAAGUACAGUCUAGGUGGAAGCAGAAAUGGAGCCAGAUAAGGCUCCAUUUUUUGUGACUGUUUCAUGUCACAGAAGUUUGAGGUAACCAGCCUUAGUGAAUGAGGAUGAAGCUGCAAUUGAUUGAGAAUAACAUGGAAUCAAUGCACAUGUACCUGUCAGCAUAUCUGAUUUGAAUCCCCCCAUCAAAGGCUAAGCUCAGGCAAACUUAAAUAUUGCAAAGGGGGCCUUGAUCCUAUUUCAUGCACAAAUUUUAGAAAAAUUGUACAUCAGGUAUAUUUUAAACAGCAUUUCAUGCAUCAAAAGUUAAAAGGAAAAACCUCAAAAAUCUCAUCUCGUGUACAAGAUUUGAGGGAAAUAUUGAGGUUUUUGCAACAUGAAAGAAAAACUUCAUGGGUCUAUUGUUUUUCCGGAGGCAUUCAUGCCUCUCACUGGUUCAUAAAUUCACAAUUCAAAUUAAUCUUCCAGUAAAAUUCACUUGUCACAUAUAAAUUUUGGUGUUGAUCUUGUAUGACAUGUAAACCCAUUUGCCACCCAGUUGAAGUCUAUCAGUGAAACAAGGCUAAAGCACAGCCAGCUAUGACAUAGAAUUAGAAACAAUUGCAGAGAUCUGUCAAACUUAAAUAAAAGAAAAUUUGUUCUGUGCAAUAGUGAACCAUCUUCAUUAACUUCUUAUGCUGCUCAUUGUCCAGCGUGGUUAAGAUAUGGGAAAAGAUUGUGGCUGAGCCAAUGAGCUGCUUGGUACAAAAGCUCAAGGGGAAGGGGUAGAGUAGAAAAUUCCUCACAUCUUAUCGGCUUAGAUGUCUUUUUAGAAAUGUCCAAAAUCUAAGCAGCAGGAACAUUAAGUCUUGAGAUAUUGCCUGUGGAACUAAGCAUAAUAUUAUGUUACUAGCUUCCAACAUGCAGGGUUACACAUUGCAGGCCUGUCAGAAUUCUGGGGCAUACUUAGGACAGAGAAUAGUUGCUAGAUUGUUUUUGAGGCUGAUGAAGUUCUGCUUUGCUGAGUAAUGAACUUAACAAUGGUAGUUAUAAAAUAAACAAGGCUUUUCAUUCCAUCACAUAAAGAUGACUGUGUUUGUCGCAUGCCUAUAACAGAUUGAGCAGUUUCAUGAAUAGCAGUACAUAUGGUUUUUUCUUUACAUUGAAGCUUAAGAAUGUGCAUAUAUGACAAAUUGUUAAGUUAAACAACUUUGUACACUUUUCAAGAAGUCGUGAUCAUGUCAUAGCUGACUGACUUUCAAUAGUAUUUCAUUGUACCUUUAUUAAAAUAACAUUGAAAUACCCUGUGGAUUUUAGCCUCUGGGGAACACAUCCUUUAUUCUUAAUCUUACUGACUUUGUUAGGGAUUAAUUUGACAGUCUGAAAACAAACAAACAAAACAAAGCUCAUGGAUAUCUUUAUUAGAUAAAUUUGCAUUUCUUUCAUUCCUUAUUCUUGGGUAGGAAUCCAAUAUCUUACCAAGAUUUUCACAAACAGAAAGCUUGAUAUUGAUUUAAGAUACUCUUAAAAUUAAAGAAUUUGAUCAGCAUCAUUAGUUUUAUUUUCUUUCCUACUGGUAUUUCAUGGAAUGACGUCAAUGCAAAUGUUCAUAAGCGUAACCCACAUUGAGGAAAGAAGCAACGGGAAAUAUUAGUAACUGUGAAUAAGAAGUGAGAACCAGAAAUGUGGUCAUGUGCAGAUGUAUCCCUACUCCUUGGUAAAACCUUUUCUGGAGAACCAUCUUGGUUACACCUCUCUCUCUCUCUCCCUCUUUAAGUAUUGCCCAUCACAACAAUGAUACUUAUGAUCUUCAGUAGAUGAGCAAUAUUUACUCUGAUCUAUUGUUCUCAUACAAGUUGUUGUACUUUGUGGUGUAUCUAUUUGAACUUUUAGAGUUAACUUUCACUCUGGCUCUGUAACAUUAUAUCCCUGGUGUAUUUCACCAUUAGUAAAUAAUAUGCUACUAAAUUAAGAGUAUGUGAA